UGGCGAGCUGGCUGUGGGCGCUAAGGGCUCCAGGCUAACGAUUAUCCGAGGGGCCCAGCUGGGGCCCAGCAGCCCCACAUCAGGCGGCAUCAAGGCUAGCCACUCAGCGCCUAGGCAAAGGCCGUCUGCCGCCCUCUCGAAGCUGCACCGGACACUCCUGCUGUGUGCAGCAGGGGCGGAUGUAAACCCAGCCACCGUCAAUAUUCACACGUGUGAUGGCACUGUUUUCGUGGCAUACCGUUCGGCCCUUGUGAGUCACAGUCAGUACUUCGAGAAGCUGCUGGUGCCGGGAGGCGGCUUUGCAGACAGUGGUGCUGAGGAUGUUAAGUUGCCCGAUGCCGACCCGGCUGCAUUCCAGUGGCUGCUGGCCUACAUGUACACGGGGGAGCUGUACAUGCCAGAUGAGCUGCUACGGACUGCCGUACUGCUCGCGGAUCGGCUUUUGAUGCCACAAGAUUGUAUGGGGCAGCUGCAGAAGUGGCUGCUGGCGAAGGUGACCCCCGGAUCAGUGCUUUCGGAUCUUCUCUGGGCGGAGCAGCACGGCAUGACGUCACUGCUGCCACAGCUCAAGCUGCGGCUGCUGUGGCAGAGGAAGAGCGUGGUGUUGGGGGAAGAAGAUCUGCGACAGCUGAUAGUCCGCUGUCCAUGCCUGGAGGAAGAGGAGGAGGAGGAGGAGAACACCAAGGCCAACGAGAAGGAGGUCAAGGCCAAAGCUGUCGAAGAUGAUGAUGAGGGCAGCCCACCCAUUGAAAACAUCCAGCCGGAGGCGGCCCCCGACAAUGGCACAGAGCCUGGACCCAGCGGGGACAACAGGGACGCUGGGGCUGGGGCUGCUCUGCCAGCUGUUCACCAGGGCAUGUGGCAGGCCCUGCUGGACGACAAUGACAAAGAGCUGCAACGCUACACAGCUGCUGACGGGCACCUUGUGUACCUGCAAGAAUGUGACCUCGUGGGGAAGACCAAGGGCUGCUUCCUUGUUGGAGCAUGUAAGAAGGAGGACAUCAAGCCCGAGGCUUUGGGGGCUGGAUUACUAUUGGGCGACCUGGAUGACAAGACCGCUGACGGCUGCACUGAUCUCCUGGUGAUUGGCCGCGCCAUGGCAGUCAUCAAGGACCUUGGCACUGUGCACAUUCCCCCGACUGGCCAGUCCUUUGCACUAAACGACCGGCCACUCCGCCUCUUCCAGAAGGUGCGAUGGCCCAUUGUGGGAUUGCUCGCAGUCAAGGGCAAGAUGACCGCAGUCCAGUGGGCCAUGAGGACCACUGGGCUGAGCAAGAAGCAGUUGGAUGCGGUGGACUUGGAGUGA